AUGGCCAAAAGAAACCAGACACAGGUGACUGAGUUCAUUCUCCAAGGCUUCUCUGAGCACCCUGAGCUCAAGAUCCCCUUAUUCAGUUGUUUCCUCUCCUUGUAUAUGGUGGCCCUCAUAGGGAAUGUCUUGAUAAUCAUAGCCAUUGUGCUUAAUACAAAUCUUCAUAGCCCCAUGUACUUUUUCUUGUUCAAUUUGGCCAUGAUGGACAUCAUCUGCACAUCCUCCAUUCUCCCCAAAGUGCUGGAGGGGCUGCUCUCAGAGGAGAACAUCAUCUCCUAUGGGGGAUGUUUGACCCAGCUGUACUUCCUCACUUGGGCGCUAUCAGCAGAAUUGCUCCUUUUCACAGCAAUGGCAUAUGACAGGUAUGUUGCCAUCUGCCACCCCCUACAUUACAGUACUAUGAUGAGCAAGAUUCUCUGUAGUGUGUUGGCAGCUGGAGUGUGGGGAAUCUGUGCCUUCAAUUCUUCUAUACAUACUGGUCUAAUGAUGCGAUUGUCCUUCUGUGGAUCCAAUGUGAUUACUCAUUUCUUCUGUGAGAUCCCCCCUCUCUUGUUGCUCUCCUGUACUUCCACCUAUAUUAACAGUGUCAUGACUGUCUUGGCAGAUGCCUUCUAUGGAGUAUUUAACUUCCUACUGACGUUGGUUUCCUAUGGUUUUAUUAUCUCUAGCAUCCUUAAAAUCAGAUCAGCAGAAGGGAAAAAGAAAGCCUUCUCCACCUGCUCUUCCCAUCUCAUCGUGGCAUCCAUGUAUUAUACUGCUGUGUUCUAUGCCUACCUAAGCCCAGUUGCAAGCUAUAACCCAGAGAAGAGUAAACUGGCUGGUGUGCUCUACUCUGUGUUAAGCCCCACCUUGAAUCCCCUGAUCUACACUCUAAGGAACAAAGAGGUUAAACAAGCCCUCAGGAAGCUCUUUCCUUUCUAUAGAAAUUAA